AUGUGGUUGGCAAAGAACAAUAACGUGGGAGUCAAGGAAGGAGGAACGACCGGAGUUGUAGCUGUUGCAAUAGACAAAGACAAAAGCAGCCAACUUGCUCUUAAAUGGGCUGUUGAUAAUUUGUUGCAGAGAGGCCAAUCUGUAAUUCUUGUCCAUGUCAAACUCCGACCUUCUCCUUUGACUAAUAGCCCUUCUCUUCAUGCUUCCUCUGCAAAGCUGAGCCAAGAAUCUUCCUUGGUAUGUAGAGAUCCAGAAGGACUUUCUAAGGAGUUGUUCCUUCCUUUUCGUUGCUUCUGCACACGCAAAGAUAUUCAAUGCCAAGAUGUGUUGCUUGAAGAGACUGAUGUAGCCAAAGCAUUGGUCGAAUAUGCAAACCAAGCCGCCAUUGAGGUUUUAGUGGUUGGUUCAUCCAACAAAGGUGGCUUUCUCAGGUUUAAUAAGCCUACAGAUAUUCCAGGCACCAUAACAAAAAGUGCACCUGACUUUUGCACAGUUUAUGUAAUCUCCAAAGGAAAGAUUCAAACAAUGAGAUCAGCUUCUCGUUCUGCUCCCAUGACUGCUCCUUUACGCAAUCCAGUUCAACCACCUAGCUUAAAACCACCUCAACCUAUGCCUUCUACUUCCACUAACACUAUGCGAGCUGAAAGACGUUCUUUCGAGUCUCAACAACGAAGAUCUGUUGAAGAUCCACAACGUCGGUCAAUGGAGGAUCUCCAACGUAGGUCCAUGGAUGAUCAAUCAGAAUCCUUCAGGUCUCCUUUUACAAGAAGAGGCAAUGGAAGAUCAUAUGGAGAUCUCUCUGUUCCAGAAUCAGAUAUAUCAUUUAUCAGUUCUGGAAGACCAAGCAUUGACCGUAUCUUCCCUUCUCUAUAUGACAAUAACAAUGAUCCAAACAGAACACCUCCUAGGCUGUCUAAUUUCUCAGACAUGGACUAUGGUUCAAACUUUGAUCAGUCAUCAAACUAUGGAAGGAGAUCAGUGGAUAUGAGCUCACCUACUAAUAUGUCAACAGGCUCGUUCGAGAACGAAAGAUUUUCAUCUGCCUCUCAAUCAAUUGAUGAUGUUGAAGCUGAAAUGAGGAGGCUUAAACUUGAGUUGAAGCAGACAAUGGAAAUGUACAGUACAGCUUGCAAAGAAGCACUCACAGCAAAACAGAAGGCCACUGAGCUUCAACGUUGGAAGUUAGAAGAAGAGAGGAAGCUAGAAGAGGCAAGACUUGCUGAGGAAGCAGCUUUGGCCAUUGCAGAGAAAGAGAAAGCAAAGUCAAAAGCAGCUAUAGAGGCAGCUGAAGCAGCUCAAAGGAUUGCUGAAUUAGAGUCAAAGAAGAGAGUUAACGCGGAAAUGAAAGCUCUCCAGGAGUCUGAGGAGAAAACAAAGGCCCUUACCGCUUUAGCAAACUCAGAUGUUAGGUACAGGAAGUACUCCAUUGAAGAGAUUGAGAGCGCGACAGAGUAUUUCGCUGAGAAGUACAAGAUUGGUGAAGGUGGUUAUGGACCUGUCUACAAAUGUUAUCUUGAUCAUACACCAGUAGCUGUUAAAGUUCUUCGUCCCGAUGCAGCUCAAGGAAGAUCUCAAUUUCAACAAGAGGUUGAGGUAUUGAGUUGCAUUAGGCAUCCUAACAUGGUGUUACUUCUUGGUGCUUGCCCGGAAUGCGGAUGUUUAGUCUACGAGUUCAUGGCGAACGGGAGCUUAGAAGACCGUCUGUUCAGAUUAGGAAAUAGCCCACCUCUUUCUUGGCAGAUGAGAUUUAGAAUCGCUGCAGAGAUAGGUACAGGACUAUUGUUCUUGCACCAGGCUAAACCAGAGCCUUUAGUUCACCGUGACCUCAAACCUGGAAACAUCUUACUAGACCGUAACUUUGUCUGCAAGAUAUCUGAUGUUGGUUUAGCAAGAUUAGUUCCUCCAUCUGUUGCAGACACGGUGACACAAUACCGCAUGACUUCAACUGCUGGCACGUUCUGUUACAUCGACCCGGAGUAUCAACAAACAGGAAUGUUGGGUGUGAAGUCUGAUAUUUACUCGCUAGGGAUUAUGUUCUUACAACUGAUAACAGCAAAACCACCAAUGGGUUUAACUCAUUACGUUGAGAGAGCACUUGAGAAAGGAACUUUGGCUGACUUACUUGAUCCAGCUGUUCCAGAUUGGCCAGUAGAAGACACUGCAAAGUUUGCAAAGUUAGCUCUUAAAUGUUCAGAGCUAAGGAGAAAAGAUAGACCUGAUCUUGCUAAAGUUAUAUUACCUGAGCUAAACAGAUUAAGAACACUUGCUGAUGAAACAACAGAUUCUGUUGUAUUCAACAAUAGCCCUGAACCAUCUACAACUGAUAUGAAACUGGAACAAAUGAGUGGUGCUUCUAUCUCGGUACCUCAAUAAGUUUACACACAAGGAUCUUGAAUCAUCAACUAGCAUGCUCG